UCACACUGGCAUUUCUGUUCUUCCACACUUCAGGCUGAAAAACUGUAAACAAAUCCGCAUGCGAGUGUAAUAAGAGAGUGAACAUGGCUCGGAAAAAGGGAAAAGGAAAAGGGAGGGCUGCCCGCAAUGCAAAAGUUAACGAGACUGGAGAUGACAGAGAUGAACGGUUCUCAAAGGCACCACAUUCAUUUGUCUUCCAUCGUGGUCAUGUUGGUAAAACAGUAAAAGAGCUUGUUUCAGACACAAGAAAAAUCAUGGAACCCUUCACAGCUUCCAGACUGAAAGUGAGGAAGAGGAACGUGAUGAAAGAUUUCUUGACGAUAGCAGGACCCAUGCACGUUUCUCACUUCAUUGUGUUCACAAAGACAGACAUUGCCACGUACAUGAAGCUCAUCUGUGUCCCGAGGGGGCCAACCCUCACGUUCAAGGUCUGCGAGUACUCCCUUUCCCGGGAUGUCUUGUCUUUCCAGAAGCAUCCGGAUGUGGAGUCCAAGUUGUUCAACAACCACGCGGUGAUGGUGACCAAUAUUCCGGCGGACUCGAUGGAGAAUAAAUUGAUGAAUGUGACGUUCAAGAACAUGUUUCCUUCCAUCAACCCAAAUACUGUGAAGUUGAACAACAUGAGAAGAACAGUGCUAGUGAAUUACGACAAGGACACAAAAACAGUGGAGAUUCGUCAUUUCACAAUGAAAGUUGUUCCCACUGGAAUAAGUCGAGCCAUGAAGAAACUGAUGAGGCCCAAACUUCCAGAUAUGAGUAACCAUGAAGACAUUGCAGAUGUUUUCUUGGAUAGAGGAAUGUCCGACAGUGAAGGGGAACAAGAUGGUCCCCAUAGUCAGGUGACGGUGUCACAGAAGAUCAAAGACAGAGGAGUAGCCCGGAAUGCCACAAAUGCUAUCAGGUUGAAGGAGAUUGGACCCCGACUAAGUCUGCAGCUCAUCAAGAUUGAAGAGGGCUUCGAGGGAGGCAACAUUUUGUUCCACGCUUUAGUGCAGAAAACACCAGAGGAAGUGGAAGCUUUGAAAGCAAUAAAGCUGAAUAAGAAGAAAGAGAAACUGGCCCGAAAGCAGCGUCAAGAGGCCAAUGUGAAUAAAAAGAAAGAGGCGAAAGAGGAGCAGAUCAGGAAGACGGUAGAAGGAAUGGAGCGAAAGAAGCUGGAGACAGGCAAUGAUGAUGAUAAUGAUGAUGAGGAGGAGGAGGAGA